AUGCAUCUAUCCGCUUUGGGGCAAGGCAUGGAUGUCAUAUACGAUGACUCCAAUUUCAAGCUGUUACUCAGCCGCCAGCGCACCAGUUACCGUAAUGCUCAUGAAGCCUGCAAGUGGUUUGGUGGUGUACUCGCCAGCCCAAGCAGCCGUACAAAGCAGGAUCGGUUAACAAAGGCAUUGGCAGAGGCGCCAUCUUCUACCAUAACCAGUGACUUCCUAUGGAUUGGUGGUUAUCAGGCCCUAGCGAGUGUGGGCAAUGCGCAGGCAUGGAUAUGGUCAAGUAAUGACAGAUAUGGGUUCACUGAUUGGAUCAGGGAUGGGCGCUUCCAAGGAACUUCUACUUGUCUUUCAUUUCGCCGCCUGAGUGACCUACCCAAUCGCUGGUCUACCAAGGCACAGUGCCGAGAGACACUGAGUUUUGUGUGCCAGGUCAUAAACCUUGAGGAUGGUACGUUGUCUUAG